AUGGCAGACGAAUCAUCCGACCACGAUCAACCUUGGCCGCGACGAAUCGAUUCUCUGGCGCAACGAUCCAGCUCAGUGGCUUCGAGCAGCAGGAGCGAAGAUGCGGAUGUCCAUCGUUCUGCAAACAAAAGGUGGAAGCCAUGCUGGCUCUCAAAGAACGAACGAUCAUCUGCGCCCAGCAGAAGGACUUCGACUUCCACAACAAGCUCUUCCACUGUCUCAGCCAAUACUAUCUCUUCAGCUGCCACUGCCUCGUCGAGUCACUUUGACAUAUACCGAUUGCCAGAGACGACGUCCCAUCUCUCCAGUAACGACGGCGAAGGCGAUGAUACGUUCAAUACUGUUGAGAAUGCGACAAAUGCCCUGGCGACUUUGGCGGGUUUAGGACCCGGCGAUGAAGAAAAGUCCAAGAAGAAGGAGCAUAACAGCACCUUUUGGCCGCCAAGCGGUCUUCCUCCUCACAUGCGCCGCACUGAAUCUCGAGCAAGCUCCUCGUUAUCUCAGCGCUCAUCCAAGCCAAGGGAUAACCCAUCCGAAUCAGCGGAGAUUGAGAUGGUCGCCAGAGAGUACCAGGGAUACUGGAGGCCGUCGUUUACCAGCAAGCUGCCAUCUGCCGCCGCCAUCUGUGGUUCGAUGUUGCUGACUGCCCGGCUGCCGGCGCUCAAAGCAGAUGAGUCAAAGAUCACUCAGAACGAAGAAUUGAAGGAGCGGGCCCACUCGCUGUGUGCUACCUUGGAAACUGCCGAAGAUCCUGACGAGGCACUGGAUGCGCUGCGAGCGCACAGCUUGGAGAGCGUCGUGGUAGCAUUGAGAAUGAGCCUGGACAACGCACAGAUUCCGAUGGUGCCCGAGAAGACGUCGUGGGCGAUGUAUCAGAAGAUCGCCCAGGCAAAGACUCGGCCAGAAAAGCUUCCAGAUCUUUGGCCCAGCAUAUCAAAGCUCUUCAAGAAGGUACCUCAGGAAACCUUGGUUGUCAUUAUGUUCCUACUGUCCAUCGCACGACGACUGCGAAGCCGGGCAUUGUCCGUUGAUGGCCGCUCUCCAGCGGUAUAUCUCUUGCAAGGGCUGUGGCCACGAUACCUCGGCGACGAUGUGUCCAAGCUACUGCUGUUGCACUACGACGAGAUACCUUCCGAUCUCCCGCUCAUAGUCGAGUCCGUCAAUUAUCGAUUCUCGGGCCGUCGUUGCAACCUGCUCGCUCUUGUCGCGAACCGACGAGGCAGUCCUGAGCAAGGUGUUCGUGAGAUAAGACCGUCGGAAGACCGUCAAGUGGAAUGGUAG